CGCUGUCUCAAGCGCCUCGCCUAGUAGUCGGAAAAGCGCUGCUGGCUUUUUUUCCACGCUCCUACAAUCUGCCAUUGGAGGUGGCACUGCCUCGACCGCAGUCGAGAGAAUGACAAAAGACGAAAAAGGAGGGACUGGGAAAGACCAUCACGAUGGUUCCUCCGCGCCUCCGAAGAGAAUUACUACUACAUCCUCCAAAUUAGAAUCUGAAUCCGCGGGUUCGGAUGAUGCGUCAGACUUCGACGCGAAACAGGAU